AUGGGCCGAGACUCCACUCUGUUUUAAUAAGUCUGUUUGAACUGUGCCCAUUUGACACUUUAGAGGGGAUCCAAACUGUUGAAUUUGAUCGUAUUGGGUCAGCGAAAUGAACGCACUCAGGCCCACAGUCAGCUAUUUUUGGUCUAAAUGUGUCCUUCUCUCACCAACUUUCCUUUCUAUCUCCUUCGCUUCCUCUGCAGCUUUUCUCUCUUCCUUAGAUAAACAUGCCAGCUUCCACCCCAAUCAGUCCCUCAGCUAUUACGCGCUGCCAAACAGAGAAAAUCAAACAUAGUUUCUAGUGGACAUGCUGACAUCUGCAGGGGAAGCUCAGUCUGGAGGUCUGCAAAGAGUAUAAAAGUCGAGGCUUUUCCUCUGACCUUGACUUGUCCUACUUCUGCUGCUUAACCCCAACACCUGUUGACCACAGCCCCCGGCCUAUGAAAAUAAGGUCAAUUGUGCUUUAAGUUCUUAUUCUUCCUUGUGAGAUGUUUCAUUGACGUAAACAAAAUGCAAUCACAGACAGAAAGGAAAUUCUGCUGUGUUGCUUAGCAACACAAUUUGAUUUCAAAUGGUGAAAACAAAGUGAUUCCAAUAUAAUCCAAAACCUACAAUUCUGCAAUUGACUUUGGUUAUGGCAUCUUGUGUUGAUGCAUCGAGGGACUCAUCAGUAAAAUGUUGAAAAGACGGACAGACCUCGAGAGAGUGGGUGAGUCAGCAAACAGCCCCAAGUGCGUCAGUUCUGCAAUAAUCAGAUCAUACAAUAUCUGUUUUCACAGUAAUGUGAUACACAAGCCAUAAUAGGCUUCUGCCCACGCCAGAUCAAGUCUAGGACUACGUUUGCAUGAUAUUUUUGCUUCCAUAAGUUUCCCUCCUUUCAUUUUUCUUCACUUCAGCUUUCCCCUGUGCCCCUACAACUCUCCUGUUCUUUCCUCAUUAUGCCCCUAUUUCCCACUCAGUUUUGACUUUUGACAUAUUACCUCCACUGAAGCAUUACUCACCGAGCCUCCACAGCCCCCCCACCUCUGUCCCACCCUCCACAAACUUCCCUCCUGCUUCCCCUGUGCGGGGUUUAAAAGCCAGCACCAGCAACAGUUGGCUCAGUGUGAAGGACUUGAAAUACAGUGAAGCUUGAGCAGCUGAAAAACUGGGCAAAGAACACAAAACUUUUGCGAUAUUUAAAAAACGGAACCCAUUCAGUGGCCCCAUGCAUGUGUUCAGGAUCUGGCACGUGCUGAGUGUGCUUUGCUUUGUGGGUGCAUCCUUGUGUGUGAAUGAGCUCCAGUAUGGAGAGAACUACGCAGAGAACUACGAUAACGAGCUCUCUCAGGACCAGCAGGAGGAGGAAACGCCAACCACAUCAUGGCAGGCUGCAGAUCCCUCCCGCUGGGACAAGCUUUUUAUCACUCUGGAGGACUCCCACAUGAGGCAGAACAUGCUGCUGGAGUCUUUGGAGCAAUGUGGCGGAGGAAUGGUCUCUCUCAAGACCCAGUUUGAUGAGCUGGCCAAGAUGCCAUGCCGGCCGUGUCCGCCCAGCCCGGAGUCCGCUUGCAGGGCGCGGGUCGAGCACGUGAACGUCAGGCUGCAACAAGGCUUGCUGGAGCUCCGGGGGGAGGAAGCAGAGAGGGAGAGGAGGUUGAACGCUACGCUGCACCAGCUUCUGCACAGUGGCCAUGAGAUGAAUUCCCGGCUGAAGCGGCUGGAGGAAAAGCAGCGAAGCCACGGAGCGGUGCCUUCUGGAACGGCGGGCGGUGGGAUGGGGAACCAACCAACACGGAGGCCUGGAGGUUCAUUCACGUCUGGCUUGGAGGAGCAGGAAGUUACUUCACAGCCGCACAUGGCCUCACUGGAAAAGGCCGUGGUUGCCAUGGCAAAGGAGCUGGAGAAGGUUCACCUGCAGCUGAGCAGAGUGAUGGAGCAGGCAGGAAGGACAGCGGUCAUACAUGAAUUGCCAAUAGGCAAAAAAUAAUGUCAGAUUGAUCGAGGACUCUCCAGUGGAAGUUGAUACUGCACAUACUCUGUUUUUAAUGUUUUAAUGUUGUAUUUGUGAGCGUGUUUAUGUCUGGGGAGAAUGAUUUUAAAUGUACCAAGAAGUUCUGGGCUUUCGGUAAUGAAUAAAAACAAAUGAGUUGACCUCAUCAGCCUCGUGGAAGGGUGUCCUGCCUCCUCCCAUACUGUAAUCAACCUAUUUUCAGCAUUUUAGUGCACUACCUCAAUGUUUGUGUAGUUGUGGUGGUGUCCGACAACCACAGGGAAGUGUCUCAGAGGCUUGGACUGUGUUCAAUUUUGGGCAGGUCGCUCCAUCUCGUUAGAUGCUUUAAGAGUGUCUGGAUGUGUGUAUGUGGAGUGUUUAUGAUUAAUGAAACCCCGCCAGAGCUAUUAAAGCGCCGCCUGCCAGUCCCUCCUGCAGGAGCACACACACACACAUUCAUUGUUAUAAAUCAAACAAAGGCUGGUGUUGACUACAGUUUAUGUGCGAUGGUAUUUGCUUCCAGAACACCUCUUCAUUGGUUUUCUCCAGUUUUAUAAAUUUUUUGUGGAUUUUCCAAGGAUGGGAAAUUUAGAGACUGAGAUAAAAGGAAAAGGGGCAAAGAGAGAACAGUGAAAACCGAGUAGGAAGAAGUGUUUAGAUCCUUUACCUAAGUAAAAGCAGUAAUACUCCAUCAUAAGUAUAAUGAGGAAAAAAAUAAAAUACUCAAUAAACUACUUUUAAACAUUUUUAUGUCAUAACUGGUCAAGAGGCACCUAUCACAACAGUUUAACUGGUAAUUAGUAACUAGCUGUCAAAUACAUUUCUUUGAGUACAAAUAGCAAUAUGUUGUCCUGGUUUUAUGGAGUAGAAUUGAAUAAAGUAAACGGAUCUACAGAUUCUCCUUGACUUAAAAUACAACGUUACAUUCCAACGCUAAAUAAACAGCGACACAUCA